UGUUGUUGCUGUUGCUGGCCGACACGACGAGGCAAAAUAAACAGCAAAUCAACAGGUCUUGGACGCCAAAUUUCGGACAGAUGGAGAGCGAUGCUGUUCUGGCCGCGCUGCAAGAACUGUCCAGUGCGCCUUCGGGGCCUCUGCCGCGUCCACUGGACGAGUAUCUUCGCAGCGUCGCCCGCACCGGCGACCCUGUUCUGCCGUGGGCCGCGGUGAAGCCGUUAUUCCAGCGCAAACUGGCCCUGGUCAUCGACGACUUCCUGCAAAGUCCCGAGUGCCGCACCCCGGACACUUUCGACGCCGAGGCCAUGCGAACGCGUCUCGUCCGCCGCCUCGAUUCGUUCGACGCGUGUCCAUUCACUGUCCAGAGAUUGUCCGAGUUGCUGACGACGCCCCGAAGCGAGUACAACCAGACGGACAAGUUCAUGCGCGCCAUUGAGAAGAACGUCCUCGUCGUGAGCGGCCGCGAACGGCAGCCGAUCACCAACGGCACAACGUCCUCUGCAGAUGAAGUUUCUGUCCAGCCCUCUGUGGAAGUACCAAUGAUAACCACCAAUGGCGUCGAGUCUCCUGAGGCCCCUGAAGUAAAGCGUCCACGCACCGAGCUUGAAGAAGAAGAAGGAGCAACAUCUGCAGAAGAAAUCAAAGCCCAGACUGAAGAGAAGACUGAGCUACAAGAAACAUCCACCCCUAUGGAAGAAGAAGUUCCUCAGGAGACAUUGAACGGCUCCGAGGAACCUUCUACGGAACCCCAAAGCAAAGAGAUCACCGAAGAGCCCCAACCUGAAAAUGCACCCCAGGAACCGGCAGAAAAGCCCGCUGAGAAGGAAGAAGUGAAAACCAGUUCAGAAGAAGUCAAAGAACCUCAACUUGCUGUCGAAACAGAGCAGAAUCUCCAGGUUGAAAACAAAACUCCGGCUCCGUUGGCUUCUCCGGAAAAAGACUUGGUCGAGGAGGGAAAAGUCUCUGCCGCAAAUGGUGCAGAGACUGUUGUGACUGAAGCGGCUGCAGAGGUGCAAGCCAUGGAAGAAUCAACAGAGCAGCCAACUCAAGUGUCUUCUUGCUAGUGCAAAGACUAAAAUGAUAAUCUUUAUUUUAAUUAAUGUAUCAGCAUUACUGACUCUCAAUUUUGUUUCAAUAGACCGCAUCGGCCAAACACGUACCACUUGUCUUGCAUUGUUUAAUAAAAUGUCCAUUAUUCUUGCAUUUUAAUUCA